UUUACUAUGAUUUUGAACAGGUCAGUUUGAGAUUGAGAAACCAGAAUGUCUCACACUGUCAUACCCAUGAACUCUUCAACGCUCGUCAUCCAGCUGCAACCAGCAACACAAACAGCUCAUGAUACGACGGUGACAAAUGCUCCUGGACCUGUUUAUGUACAACAGAUGACGGGAGCUUCACCUCUUCAAGGACUUCAGGCAUUUCUGAAAGGACAACCGAAAGCCCUUGGGACGGUCCAGAUAAUGAUUGGUGUGAUGACUCUGCUGUUUGGCAUUGUGUCUACAGUUUAUGCAGAAGCCAUCUUUGUCUAUACUGGUGUUACUUACUGGGGAUCUUUCAUCUACAUUACUGCAGGCUCACUCUGCAUUGCUGCAGAAAACAAAAUUAAUUCACCCUCCAGUUUGUGUUUGGUGAAUGCUUCACUGGGAAUGAACAUUUUCAGUACGAUAACUGCAGGCAUUGCCAUUAUUUUACUUUCACUAGAUUUUGUUAUAUGGCCAUACCCUUACUGCAAGGAUUCUUCCUGUUAUUCAGAGGAACAGUAUGAUACUCUCUUCAGGGGAAUCAGAGGUGUAUUAAUGUUAUUCGCCGUGUUUGAGUUUAUAAUCUCCAUCUGUCUGUCAGCAUUUGCCUGUAAAGCCAGCGCCUACAGUUCUCCUUCUCUGGUGCAGUUUGCGCAGGUUUUAUCACCACAGUCCUCUGAUUUCACACGUUUACAUGAUCAUAACAGCUCGGAGAUACCUGUGGCAAGCAGCUCUUCCAUUCAUCAUCAGCCUGCAGACACUCCUCCACAAUACAGUGAAUCCAAAUAAAUAUGAAUAAGUGGGCUGUUACCUUAUGAAACAAAAAAAUAUAUGGGAAUGUAUUAGAACAGUGGUUCCCAAACCUGUCCUGAAGGACCCCCUGCCCUGCACCUUUUGUAUGUGUCCUUCAUCUAACACCUGAUUCCACUCAUCAGUUCGUUAGUAGAGACUGCGAGAACUAAAUUGGUUGUGUCCGAUUAGGGAGAGAUGCAAAUGUGCAGGGCCCUCCAGGACAGGUUUGAGAACCACUGUAUUAGAAAAUAUAAUGCGAUUAUAUUAAAUAAUAUAUAUAUAUUGUUAUCUUACAUUUUUCAACAUACUGCAAUAUAUACUGCGCCACAAUUUUACAUGUAAUACACUUAUACACAUAGCUGAACACAAACUUUUCUCUCACUUUAUUGUUUGCAUAGUUACACAUUCAGUAUAUGAAAAUAUUUGUGACGUAUUAAAAGAAAACUGUACUGAAAAGAUAAAUAAAAGUUUUGGACUUUUA